AUGGGAAACAGGAUAGCCACGAGCCAGAAGCUAGUCAAAGCGGCCAAAAUCCUGCACAUGCCCAUCUUGAUCACGACGCAAAACGCCUCCAAGCUCGGCGCCACCGUGUCCGAACUCACAUCGCUGGUCCCGGACUCGACGCCCGAGGCGAUCGACAAGACGGCCUUCAGCAUGCUCGUGCCCAAACUACAGUCGCACUUACAAACCCUCACGGCAUCCCCGAGCGAGAAGCUAUCCGUGUUGCUGGUGGGCAUCGAGACGCACAUCUGCGUCACGCAGACGACGCUGGACCUGCUCGCGGCGGGCCACAAGGUGUAUGUGAUCGCCGACGGCGUGAGUUCGUGCAAUGCGGGAGAGAGACCCGUGGCGCUGCAGAGGCUGGCGAGAGAAGGUGCCGUCGUGACGACGAGUGAGAGCGUCCUGUUUGAGCUGGUUGGUGAUGCCAAGGAUGAUAAGUUCAGGGCUGUUAGUGGGUUGGUCAAGGAGACCAAGGAGGAGACCAAGGAGGCUGUGGAGACGUUCUGUCGGUUGUAA